AUGGCAUUAUCAUCAAAUACAUGUUUUAAAUGUAACUCGAAUAAUACUAAACAAUAUGCUGAUGUAUUUGAUGCAGAUUAUGAAAAAAUUUUCAGUGAAAUAAUUGAACGACAUUAUGUUGAUAUUAAUCAAUAUCGUCAAAAGAUUAUAACCACACAAAAUGAUGAAACAAAUGACAUUCCAUUUCAAAAAAUUUACCGUGAAUUUCAACAAACUGUAUCUCAUCGAUCUUUUAUCAGUGUUAUUCUUCAUCUUGACGGAAUCGGAUUGGGAAAAUCCAAUAAACUAGUGUUAUGGUUGUUGUCUUGUACAAUCGUAGAAUUACCUCCUCAUCUUCGAAAUAAACGCGAAAACAUGAUACCACUCUCAGCUUGGAUUGCUCCUCGAGAACCGAUAAUUCAUAGUUGGCUAAAUGAGUGUAUACAGCGUCUGAAGUAUUUAAAACUAUCAGGUAUGUAUAUCAAAAAGUGA